UUUGUUCGUAAGUUGAUAGUUUAGUUAGAUUAAAAUUAGUUGAUUAGUGACAAUGGGCGAAGAGAAGGAGAAACGGGUAUGUUUUUCUGCCGAUGAAAAGGUGUGUUUGAAAGAACUUGUUGUGAAGUACCAGAGCAUCAUAGAAUGCAAGAAAACAGAUUGCAUUAGCUUGUCACACAAGAAGAAGACGUGGGUGCGGCUGACUGCAGAAUACAAUGCAAUUUCAGGAAACAGUCAUAGGACUAUUGAGCAAUUAAAAAAAUGCUGGGAAAACAUGAAGGGUCGUCGCAGAAAAGAGAUUACUAAGGAAAAACAGUUGCGGUUGAAAACCGGUGGAGGAACAUACAAGCCUUCUGAGAGUAGCGACGGGGACCUCGUCGACGAUAUUCUCGAUACUGUAGAUAUUGAAAUUAAAGAUACCAUCGACAGCGACACCAUAAUUUCACCGGAGGGUGUAACUGGAUCUAGGGUAUACACUGUCGAUGAGAACAAUAUUUUACACCCCUUGGUAACUGCGCAAGCGCCUAGCACCAGCGGUUCACUUGUUGUCUCCAACACUGCUACCCCCAAUAAAAGACAGUCAACAUAUGUUUCCAGGGGUAGAUGCAUAGAACGGGAAUUGGAGGUUCGAUUGCGUCGCAACCAACAGUUGGAGGCGCAAGAUCAGGAGAUCCACCUGCUGCGGUUAGAAGAGCAAAGGUUGCGUUUGGAGGAGCAGCGGGUCAAGGUCGAAGUAGCAAAAGAGCAACUGAAACAGGAGAAGCUCCGCACAGCUAAAAUGGAAGAAUGUAUUUUUUAA